GAAGAUGUGGACAUUAUGAAGAAUAUUGGAUUAGAUGCUUUCAGAUUCUCUAUCUCAUGGUCUAGAUUGUUACCUCGUGGGAACCUAAGUGGAGGAGUGAACAAGAAGGGCAUUGAGUUCUACAAUAAUCUCAUCAAUAAGCUCCUAUCAGAAGGUAUACAACCUUUUGUGACUUUAUUUCACUGGGAUCUACCUCAAGCCCUUGAUGAUGAAUAUAGUGGAUUCUUAAGCCCUCACAUUGUGGAUGAUUUCAAAGACUAUGCAGAGCUUUGCUUCAAAGAAUUUGGGGAUAGAGUGAAACAUUGGAUCACAUUAAAUGAGCCAUGGAGCUAUAGCGAUGCUGGUUAUAACUUGGGUUUCUUAGCACCAGGGAGGUGUUCCAAAUUCAUGAAUCCAGCUUGCCAAGCUGGAGAUUCUGCAACUGAGCCUUAUUUGGUUGGCCACAAUAUGUUACUUUCUCAUGCAGCAGCAGCAAAAUUAUACAAGGAAAAAUACCAAGCUUCUCAAAAAGGGAAGAUUGGGAUUACUCUUGUUUCUCAUUGGAUGGUUCCAUUCUCCAACACUAAGCUUGACAAGGUGGCAUCUAUUAGAGCCCUCGAUUUUAUGUAUGGAUGGUACAUGGACCCACUAACCUAUGGUGACUACCCACAAAGCAUGCAUACCCUUGUUGGAAAUAGAUUGCCCAAAUUCACCAAAGAUCAAUCCAUAAUGGUGAAAGGAUCUUUUGAUUUUAUUGGAUUAAAUUACUACACUGCAUUUUAUGUAGCUGCAGUGCCUGCUAAUUCUAAUCCAAUUAACAUUAGCUACUCUACAGAUUCCUUCACCAAUAUGACAACCGAACGAAAUGGAAUUCCUAUAGGUCCAUCGGAUGGUUCGAUUUGGAUUCAUUCAUAUCCAAAAGGCCUUCGAAAUAUUGUCAAAUAUACAAAGGAAAAGUACAAUAAUCCAUCAAUUUAUAUUACUGAGAAUGGAAUUGAUCAGUUGGAUAUUGGUACCUUGACACUUAAAGAACUUCAAAAUGACACAUACAGAGUAGACUAUUACAAGCAUCAUCUUUCGUACCUAAAUAGGGCCAUUCAGGAGGGUAUUAAUGUGAAGGGUUACUUUGCAUGGUCAUUACUGGAUAACUUUGAAUGGGCUGCUGGUUUCACUAUGAGGUUUGGAAUAAAUUUGGUAGAUUACAAAAAUGGCUUGAAAAGAUCCCCCAAGAAGUCAGCUAUUUGGUUCAACAACUUCCUGCAGAGAUAGAUUCCAUUUUGGCUGAGAAAUAAACAAUGAAUGCAUCUGCUUUUGUAUUCCAUAUGUUCAAUAAUUUCUAAAAAUGGGACCUCUGAUACGGAAGGAUA